AACAAACAACACAAAUCAAAGCUAAAAGAACACACAAACAAUAACAUCAUCAAUAAUUAGCUGUGCCUUAGAAGAGAAAGGAAGGAAAAAUAAAAUAAAAAUUAAUAAAAAAAAACCAUAUUUCCUCCAAACCUCCCAAAAUCUCAUUUUCUUUCUAAGCUGAUCUUCUUCUUCUUCUCCUUCUCCUUCCAUUCAUAUAUGGAUUCCAUUUUCAAUUUCUCUCAUUCUGUAAUAUUAGUCGUGAAGCUAAUCAUUGAUUGAUUUGAUUAGAGAGAUCAGAAUUGAGGAGUGUUUGUUUGGUGGUAAAUGGAAGGGAAGAAGGAGCUGGAAUAGAGAAGAUUGAUAAUGUUGUAUUUGAAGCAGCCAAGCUCCAUUAUAUGCAAGGGAUGCGAUUCUGAAAUUUAAUUUUUUUUUUUGGUUGUUGAUUUUUUUUUAUGAAGUUUUUACAUGCCCUUGUGAUAAAUUCCCUAAGCCAGUGGCUCGGGGAGGGAGAGAUCUAAUUGAACUAGGAAACUAAUAUAUUUUGAGAGUUAGAGAGACAAGUGGGAUGGCAUCGAUGGAGAAUGGGUGCCCCUCCACCUCUCCUAAUCCUAAUAUCAUUCAUGAUGAGCUGCCCCGUCCUGAGCAAGUCUAUCUGCAGAAAUUCAGGCUCUACGAGACUCAAUCGAAAUUUUACAUGAUAGGGAGGGAUAAGAGUAGGACAUAUUGGAGAGUGCUAAAGAUUGACCGGCAGGACCCAUCUGAGUUAAAUAUUCGUGAAGAUUCUACUACAUAUACAGAGAGUGAAUGUUCUGAUCUGUUGAGGAGAAUACAUGAAGGAAACAAUGCCACUGGUGGGCUAAAGUUUGUCACAACUUGUUAUGGAAUUGUUGGCUUUAUCAAAUUUCUGGGGCCAUACUACAUGCUGCUGAUUACAAAAAGAAGACAGAUUGGUGCAAUAUGUGGUCAUAAUGUUUAUGCAGUCUCCAAAAGCGAGAUGAUUCCACUUCCAAAUUCUUCUGUUCAGUCCCAAAUGACUAAUUCUAAGAAUGAGAACAGAUACAAGAAGUUCCUAUGCACGGUGGACCUGACAAAGGACUUCUUUUUUAGCUACUCAUACCAUGUUAUGCGUAGUCUUCAAAAGAACUUGUGUAAUAAAGAAACAGGACAUGUCCUUUAUGAGACAAUGUUUGUAUGGAAUGAGUUCUUAACCCGUGGAAUACGAAAUCACCUUCAAAAUACAUUAUGGACUGUUGCAUUAGUGUAUGGCUUCUUCAAACAGGCUACAUUUUCUAUAUCCGGACGGGAUUUCAAACUUACCCUUAUUGCAAGACGCUCCCGCCAUUAUGCUGGUACCAGGUACUUGAAACGUGGUGUAAAUGAGAAGGGCAGGGUGGCUAAUGAUGUUGAGACGGAGCAGAUUGUAUUUGAGGAUGUUCCUGAAGGUUUUCCCAUCCAAAUAAGUUCUGUUGUCCAAAACCGUGGUUCUAUCCCACUAUUUUGGUCGCAGGAAACCUCGCGUUUGAAUCUCAAACCAGAUAUUAUAUUGUCAAGGAAGGACCAAAAUUAUGAAGCAACCAGACUACAUUUUGAAAAUCUUGUCAAGAGAUAUGGAAAUCCUAUCAUUAUUUUGAACCUUAUCAAGACGCAGGAGAAGAAGCCUCGAGAGUCAAUUCUUCGUGCAGAGUUUGCUAAUGCCAUCGAUUAUAUUAAUAAAGACUUGUCUGAGGAGAACCGUUUAAGGUUCCUUCACUGGGAUCUACACAAGCAUACUCGAAGCAAAGCAACAAAUGUUCUGUUACUUCUGGGCAAAGUGGCUGCGUAUGCUUUGACAUGGACAAGUUUCUUUUACUGUCAAGUAACCCCAGCCUUGAGAACUGAAGGGUGUACAAAUUGGCCUUCCUUUGUGAAUACUGAGAAUGGCCACCUAUCUCCCCAGAAUACAUGCAGCAAUGAUGGUGAUGAGGAUGCCAAUGAUGUAGAAAGGCCAUUUAGUGGAGGUAAUGGUUUUGCUAAUGGAAAUCAUUCUAUCAAGCCUCCAAUGUUCCAGCAAGGUGUGCUCAGGACCAAUUGCAUAGACUGUCUCGAUCGCACAAAUGUUGCACAAUAUGCAUAUGGGUUGGCUGCACUUGGACAGCAACUUCACGCAUUAGGAUUUAUAGACACCCCAAAGAUAGACCUUGGUGCACCUUUAGCUGAUGAAUUGAUGGGAUUUUAUGAAAGGAUGGGUGACACUUUAGCACAUCAAUAUGGUGGGUCAGCUGCACAUAAUAAGAUAUUCUCUCAGAGAAGGGGUCAUUGGAAAGCAGCAAUCCAGUCCCAGGAGUUCUUCAGAACUCUUCAACGCUAUUACAGCAAUGCAUACAUGGAUGCGGAGAAACAAGAUGCAAUUAAUGUAUUCUUGGGGCACUUCCUGCCACAACUGGGUAAACCUGCACUCUGGGAAUUGAAUUCAGACCAGCUUUACAGUGUGGGAAGGAAUGGGCAAACAUAUGUGGAUCAAGAUAGAAGGUCAUUUUUCAAAAGGUCCUUGUCAGAUGGAAAUAUUCUUCAUGAAAGCCGCUCACCUAUGUCACCCAAGAAUGUCAAGGAGGAGAAAAUUUCUGCUUCAGCUUUGCCAAAUCAAUGGGAAGGGGAAAGCAAUGUCCUUUCGGAGUCAUCCCCUGAGAUAUCUACAUGUGAAAGUGAUAUAGCAUUUUCAAGUUACACUCCUUCAAUGCCUCGCAGACAUCUCUUUGGGGAUGUGGAAAGAGAGCUGUACCUGGGAAGUGAUCAUAUUUACUUCUCUGAAGAUACGUUUAAUUGUUCAAACUUUGUUGACUUGGACUGGUUGUCUUCCUCGGGAAAUUCAUGUGAAGAAGAGCCAUUUGAGAGGUCAUCAUUGCUUACAAGCUCACCAAUUGCUGGGAUGUCAUCUGAAAAUGUUGUCAAUGGAAUAAUGAGUGAAACGACCCCAUCCACUAGUGAAUAUGGAUCCAGCAUGAAGGUAAGGCAGGAGACAGAAAUGGAGUUAUCCUAUGGAAAUUCACAGAAUUCCGAUGUCCUCGAGGAAUUCUCAGAUAGCUUUGUGCAAUGGGUAAACUGUGGAGAGACACUCUGCCAUUGAAGUUUAGCUCUCUUUGCCCCUGAAUUAAUUUAUUAUUUCCCUCAAGCGACUCAAACAUGCUCUAAAGAUGCUGAUCUAUUAAUAUAGAGAGGUUACUAAGGAUAGCUAGACCAAGGGGAGAUGGCCAGACUGAAGGGAUAAAAGAGGCAGAUGAAUUGGGAACCCUUGAAAAUGCAUCCAAGAAGAAAUCCUCGUGUGACUGACAGCAUUGAUUGCAUCGUCGAAACCUCGAUGGUAUCUGAUACCAAAGUAUAAAGAGUAAAUAGCCAACAGUUUAAAAACAAAAUUCUUUUUGGAGCUCCUCCUUUUCUCAUUCCUUCUACUAGUACAUGGGCUUCCUAUGUUUGAAUCUUGUAAAUAUAUUUCGCUGCUCUUUGAGCUCCACUUUUAGAUGAAUUUCAGGUUAUUGAUUCUUUAUGAAUUCUCUUCAUGUUUAUCUGUGGUCAUCUCAGGUGUGAUACUAACAAUUAACUGUUUGGAGGAAAGAUCUGCAACUAUAGGACUCAUAUUAAGCUUACCAGUCAAAUUUCUACGA